AUGUGGAGUGCGCUUCUAAAUGGAUCAGGGCUGCACACUGGGGGCGGUGCAGCCAGGGGAAACGUCCCAUCUCAGGGAUGGGAAUUUGUGCCAUGCACCAGAUUGGAGAGGACAGAAAAAGGGAAAGGCAAAAGCCACAGCCCGCUGAGGCGGAUUUCUUCGCCACCCACCAUUUUCAAUCACAUCUCCGAGCCACAAUGUGACGGCUUGUCGGGUGGAGGUGAAGAUCGCACAGGGACAAAGCUUGAAUUCCUCAAAGGACAAAUGUCACCUGUUGGUCCUGAAUCCCAGCAGCAGCAGCAGCAGCAACAUACGCGGCUAAAAAAGAAAUUUGACGGCCUGAAAAAGCAGCAUGUGCAGGAUAAAGAGGAAUGGAUGCGGGAGAAGGAAUCACUGCUCAGAGAAGUGGCUGACAUACAAGGAGGGGAGAACCGAAGGAUUUUGCUGGACCUGAAGACAGUGUUGGAGGAAGUGCAGGUGGAGGUGAAGCGAGAGGAAGAGAAGAGGAGUGACCUGCAGCUACAGUACACCAGAGACAGAUGCGCCUGGGAGCUGGAGAGGGUGGAACUUAAGUGCCGAAUUGCACAGUUGGAAACCAAAGACGGUUCUAAACUAGACAGUGGUGCGGUGCAGUGUGCCACGGGUUCUUACCCCACGGCUCAACAAGUCAGCCGUGAAGAGCACAGCGAGACAUCGACGCUCCAGCAGGACAAGGAGGAGCAGCGCAGACUUCUGGUAGACACGCAUUCAACCACCAUGGAGCUGCGCUGUCGUCUGGAGCACAACGAGAAGGACUGGUUGAAGGAGAAAGCCGAGCUAUUAGAGAGAUUUGACUUGGAAAGGAGUGAAUGGGAGAGCCAACUGAAAGAUGUGCAAAGGAAAAUAGAAGAGUUGUACUGUGAGGUGAGGGCCAAGCGAGAGGGGACUGGUGCUAAGCGAGAUGAGGAAGAAAUGCAUCGGCUAAGUGUGCGUUCACUCAGCUCUGGUUCCAGUUUGCUCAGUGACAUGUCACAGACACACAGCAGCUGCAGUCAACCGGAGCUCUCGCCCCCCUUUGACCGCUACAACAACAUCAGUGGCGGUGGGCGUGAGAGUCAUUCCACCACCUGCUGUCAACCAGAAAGACUCAGUGAAGUGAUUUCAGGUGGUCAGUUUACUUUGAUUGAGUGUGCACACACUGGAUUGAGGUCAAGAGACUCCGCCCUUGACAGGAAAGAUGCAGCGAACACUUCUGCGCGUGAAACAGUUUUCCAUGAAUCUGUUGGACGUGGACUGGCAACAAAUCAUGCCUCACUAGUGAAUGAAAAAAAUGUUCACCGUGGCAUUCAAGAAAGUCCACUGGUGGCAGAGCCAAGUAAUGCCAGUGAGAAGAAGAAAAGCACCAUUGCUCUCAAUGCUGCCCUGAAGGAGAUUGCUCGUGUCAGUGAGGAACUCUGUAGCUACCAUGAUGAGAUAAAAAAGAAGAGUGAGGAUAAAAGAAAUCAUUCUGAAUUGUUGCACCUAUCAGAGGAGAAGACCUCAGCAAACAUGGAUAAAACUGGACUGCAGUUGAAUGAGACACAAUAUGACCUCAGUCACAUCUAUAAUCAACUUAAAGAAUUGGAGAAGGAAAACUGGAUCACCGUGUCUCCAGAUUACCCCUGGCGGGAUAACAGAGGGUCUGAAGAUUCCUGGGAAAAUACUUCUAUUGACAGCUGCAGAGAUGUACAGACAUGGCCUGUAGCAAACUUUGAUAUAGAUACAAGAGCCCCCCCUAUCCCGCCCCGCAGCUUCUCCAGGAAUUUGAGCACCCCCUCCCAGUCAGACACAGAACUCCAUAUCCCUGAAUCCCCCAAGACAACAAUAAUGACAAAAUGUAACAGUUCAUCUGUUACUCUAGAUAAAAACUGCAGCAGUCCAUCUAUUGUUAGAAAGUUUGAAGCUAUGUUGCAAGAAAAUGAAGGGAAGAUUUUCAUAGAUGGUGUGAUAACAUCAUGUUCUGUUCCAAAAAGUUCAAACUGUAACAUGGGCUGCUGCCACAAUCGCUGGUCUUGUGAUGGAUCAAAGUUUGCUAGCAGUAAGAUGUCCAGAGGUGGGACUGUCCAGAAGUGUUUCUCUGAAGCAAACAUCUUGACUUCAAGAAAAGACUGCUCACCUUACAGCCCUGUAAUUGGGAAUUUACACAACCAUCAAAUAAAAAUGCCUCCAGUCCUUAAAGAAUUACCUGUAGAUUUGCUAUUGUCCUCCCUGGAAAUAUCACCAAUCAGUCCCAACCUCCAGGGCUCCAGGAGAAACAUUAUGUUGGAAAAAAAAACUGCAGAGUUCAACCGAACUUUGUUUCAAGCAGAGAUGGGACGCGGUGUGGAGGAGCAACAACAUGUUUUGGAUGCAGAUGGUCCCCUCCAAUCAGCAAUGACAGCUGAUUGUGCGCCAGAUGAACCUUUACCUCCUAAGCAUUGCCCUGACAACACCAUUAGUCUCAAGGACAUGAAUAUUGAAGUUCCUUUAUCCACUUCACAUCUUCCUCUUAAAAAGACAGAGGUCACACUGAACCAAAUUAGUUCUGAAGCUCAAAAGGCCAGAAUGAAGAAUUGCACAUCUUCUCUCAAUGCAACUGAACCAUCAAAUGCUGCAGUCUGCGAGGCCAGCACAGUAAAUUCUCAGAGUAAUGGACUCUUUUCUGAGGCAGAACGAAAAGUUCAAACGGCAAGCAUCUCUUCCAGAAAAACACAAAACAAAGCAUCUAUUAGCACUCCCCUUCCAGGGAUGGUUUUGUCUGAAAAUAACCAUCCAGGUCAGAAUGUGGAAAGUAUUCUCUUCAAGAGGGACAGUCAUUCAGGAGCAGUGAUUCAGCCAGCUAAAGUUGACAUCUCACUCCAGGAGCCUUCUGCUCAGAGCAAACAGAGACCUGCACCUCGAAUGAUGAAUGACCAUCCAUGGAAGCCCCUCACUUUAGCUGCAUACCCACGCCCUGAGGGCUCACGGUCCAACUAUGGAGCAUUAGAAAGAAUUCUGAAGCACUACGAGACUGCAGCACAACCACAGGAUAAAACGGCUUCGGGUCCAAACGUCAACCUCCUGCAAGACAAUGCUAUUGAAUCAAACAUGCAAGACAUGACCCCUCAUUCUGUAGCUCCUCCUCUCCGACAGUUGUCACUCAUACAGUCAAGCACCACACUCAGCAGCCACAGUGGUCUGAGAGUGGCACAGAUACAGCAGCAAGUGCAGAAUGAGGGGGAUUUGUCCAUCUUCUCCACCCAAAAUGUCUUCUCAAAGCCUGCGUGUCCAGCCAAUCGACGUCCGCCUUCCCGAUGGGCCAACCGCUCCCCCACUUUCUCCUCUUUCACCACUACAUCUUCUUGUAAAACCCCUGUUUGACCACCAUCCUCAACCCAAUUCCUCCUUUCCUGAUUGGCAUGCCUUUCACUUAGGGACUUUUUUUUUUCAAGAGUCCUCCUAUGAUGAACUCCAAACCCUAGCUGCUAUCUAUAUUUACAUUGUAAUUCUGAUCUCCUCCGUCACAUACUCAUAGGUGCUGUGGUAUUGGGUCUGCUUUUGAUUCAGUCUAACUGGAGCAAAACUGUCUAAUCAGAAUACGUUCCAAAAUAGCUUCAGUUGUGCAGUGACAUGCUCACACUGAUCCGCCAAGCAUUGCACAUGCUUCUGAGGUUGCUGAAAACAUUAAUUUACUACUACACUCAGGUCUGUAUUCUAGCCUUGACUACAGAAGCCUUGCAGACGUACUAUAAUAAUCAUGCUUCACUAUUUACCUUCAGCCUCUGCACUGUAUUUACUAGUGAAGGUGAUGCAAGCUCAUAAAGAAAUUGAAUUGUAUGGUGUUUUGUAUUAUCUUCAUGCAUUUUGGCGUAAAGAGAGAUGCAAUGGCACAAUCAUGUUAGAUUCACAUGUACUGUAUCUUUAGUCUAAACAUUGUCACGUUUCUGCUUUGAAUGGAAUUGCAUAUAUGUACUGUACCUUGCCCGUGACUGAUAAUUUUGUUUUGUAUUCAGCACUGACUUUACAGCCUUCAUAGCUUGAAUACAUAUUUCUUUGUUAUUCCUAAAAUUUGAGUUCUCUUUUAUAACUUUGUACCAAAGGCUGGUUUUGUUAUCAGCACUUUCUGACUUUACUUUGAAAGCCGAUGUUUCUCAUAUUAUUAUUGUGGUCAUUAUUGUGGUCAUCUCAUUGCUUAAGUUUCAUCUGACAUUACUGAUAUAGGGUAUCAUUGACUCAUAAAUUCAACAUAAAUAGCGCUGCUUACUGAACAAGGACAAGGACUUUUUGCUUUUUUUUGUGUGUAAUAAAAUAAGGACUAAGGGAUGUUAAACCUCUUCUAGUACAUUUGGCAAAUUUACUCAUAGUGUGUUUGUAACAUGACAGACCAGAGUACCUGAGUGCCACCUGCAUAUUGUCACUAAUAUUUUUUUUUUUUCAGAAUUUUACAUUUAAAAAAUGUGUCCAUUUUAGCUUAUCCACAGUUGUGAAUCGUACCAUUAGUAAAAAGCU